GUCCUGAUGUAUUUAGUUCAAAGAGUCUUGCCCUUCAAGCCCAGAAGAAGAUUCUGAGCAAAAUAGCCAGCAAAACCGUGGCCAACAUGCUGAUUGAUGACACCAGCAGUGAGAUCUUUGAUGAGCUCUACAAAGUCACCAAAGAGCAUACCCACAACAAGAAGGAGGCCCACAAGAUCAUGAAAGACUUAAUCAAGGUGGCAAUCAAAAUCGGGAUCCUCUACCGGAACAACCAGUUCAGCCAGGAGGAGGUUGUUAUUGUGGAGAAGUUCCGGAAGAAGCUGAACCAGACAGCCAUGACCAUGGUCAGCUUCUACGAGGUGGAAUACACCUUUGAUAAGAACGUGCUCUCCAAGCUCCUGCACGAGUGCAAAGACCUGGUGCAUGAACUGGUGCAGCGACACCUGACGCCCAGGACCCACGGGCGCAUCAACCAUGUCUUCAAUCACUUUGCCGAUGUGGAGUUCCUCUCCACACUCUAUAGUCUGGAUGGAGACUGUAGGCCCAACCUCAAGAGGAUUUGUGAAGGAAUCAAUAAAUUGCUAGAUGAGAAAGUCCUCUGAAUGGCUUCCCUCCUGAACCUUGCUGCUUUAAAGUUAUAGCAUCCAACUUGGUCCAGUGAGAAUCAAAAAAACAGAAACCCUGUUGAAGAUAUCU